AUGAGAACGUGCUUCACUGUCUCUUGCUCACCGUUACAUGAGGAGGAGAAGCGGCAGGAGGAGGAGAAGCGGCAGCAAGAGCUGUUGGCUAAGAAGGCGAUGGAGGAGGAGGCGCAGAGACUGGCUGAGCUCCAGCGAGUACGAGAAAGACAGGCUGAGAGGGAAAGACUUGAGAAGGAGGCACUGCAGCGUGAGCUGGAGAGGGCUGUGAGAGAGAAGGAGCAGAGAGAACUCGACCUGCGGAAGGCUAUUGAGGAAAACCGGAAACAGCAGGAACAGCGGAUGGCUGCAGAAAAAGAUGCUAAAGAAAGACAUGUGCUACACUCUUCACACUGA